CUACCAGAGAAUAGCAAGGCAAGGCAGCUCUUCCUCUUCCUUCCUCCCUCUCUCUCUCGUCGCCUGCCUUUGGGUUUCCUUUGCUUUGAUCUAGAGAGACAGAGAGAUGAAUCAGAAGAGGAGAGAGGAUUUCCGUCGCCGACAUCGAGAUCGAGAUUGUUGAGACUGAUCGCGCACCGCACAGCGUCAUCACAUCGUUCGCUUCCAGUUUCGAUCCUUGCUUGUCUUCACCCUCCCGUCGCCCUCAUCGAUUCAAGGGUCAAACAUGGUUGUGCCCCGGUGGGAGCAUUCUGAAAGGGAUCAUUCUGCUAUUUGGUCAACGAGCUACUGUCACUGGGACUACCAAAUGGCUCUCAACCUCCUUAGUCUCAGAUCAUGGCUGAUGCCUCAAUGAUUGAUGCAAAAUGCUACCUGGACAUGCAACGGCUAUUGGAACUGCUGAUGGUGUCGUAAAUAGGAGGCCUCGUCGCCUGUUUGGAAGAUCCUCAGAGAGGAAGAACCCACUCAAUGUUCAGUUUGAGCGUCAAGUAGCUCGCCUGGAAUCAAGACAGCAGCAGCAGAGGUGUAUUGUCCUCACGGUUAUUCCCUUCAAUUUCUGUUGCGAUUUCAAAUCACCCUUGCUUGCCGAAAAUGGAAGUAAUCACCCCUCAUCCAAACCUACAUCUCCAGAAGGGAGCCUUGAGCCAUCAUACUCAUCACCGAGUAUUCCCCAUCAUGUUAAUGUUCCAGAUGAAUCUCACAGAAAAUGGCCAGAUAAUACAUCAAGGCUACUGGAGGAGAAAUCCCCCACAUCCAAUAGUAUGCCCAAUUCAGAUUUCCUAGUCAGUAGCUUUACCAAGCCAAGCGUGAAUGCAAGACAUACUGCAAGAAGGAAGAGCAAAAAGAAAAGCAAGAAGCACAGGCAACAUUGUAGAAAACCAACAGAUGGAUCUGAAGUUAAAUGCAGAGAGAGCAACAAUACUGCCCCUGCGAUUGAUGUGGGUGAUUGUGAAGAUUUGACACUUUCUCCUAAGCAUGUUGGUGACAUACGCUUUGAGGAAACUUUUUCUCCCAGUUCUUCUGCUAAAGAAGCUUCUGAAGAGGCUCCUGAGAGUGAAAAUGAUAAUGAGUACCAUUGCUGUUCAGGUGCUUCAGUUUCAAGUACAUUCUACUGUGAUGAUACAGAACUCUCCAGAUCAACAACUUCAUGCCCUGGAUUGUUUGGACAAUGUAACAGCAGUAACUUCAGGUAUUUGGAUAACGCUCCAAAUUCCGUAUUUACGGGUUCAUCUCAAGAAACUUGUUAUGCUGGUGAUAGUGUGAACUGUAGCCAUGAUACCGAUACUAUGUUGAUCUUCAGAAAUGAAUGCGGACCUGAUCCGUGCGAAGCGACAGAAUUUUGCAGCUCUAGCAGUGGAGUUGAUGAGAAUUGGCUAGAAAAGUCCGAUUACGGCAGUGGCAUUUGCCAAAAUGGUGUUGGCACGUGCAAUGGAGUCCAAGCAGUCCAUUUGUGCAGUGACACAAGCAGCGACAGUGAUUUCCAUCUGGUAAUAUCUAGAAAGAGAGCCAGAAAAGAGAAGAAAAUGUCACUGUGGAAGAGUUAUGGAGAAUGUGCAUCGACUGUUACAUGUGGUCGAAAUGAAAAAUAUGUUGGUCGCUCUCCUAGGCAGAUGACCAAGGAACUCAACACUGAGGAUUGGUCCCGUAGACAAAAUCAUGUUGGCAGCAUACAGCCUCAGUAUGGAGUUGCGUUAAAACAUUCCACCAAGAAUUUCAUGCAUAAGCCAAGUAAUGUUUGCACAGAGACCCAAAAUGGAGUUCCAUUGAAAGAUAACAAGUUAGGAGCAAGUCUCAAUCAUUUUACAAGUCUGAAAGAAAACAACCGUGGAAAAUCAAUUAACGGUUUUAACACAGUGCAGCAUGUUCAUUCAAACAGAAAGGUAUCCGAUGCUGUUCACAGCAGAGAAUCCUUCCAUUGUGAGAUGAGAUCAAAUUCUUCUUCUGAACCGACAACUCCGAAGUCUUCAAAGGGCAAUUGUACUUCAGAAUCUGGUGAAUCAACAGAUCAUACUGUAGGAGCUCUUCUCACGCAGAAAAGAGGGCUGCAAGAUUCAGUUCGAAUCAAUCAUGCCAGUAACACCAUUUCUGGACUAUCAUCACCUGCAGGUUCUAAGUCAACUCCUACUAACUUGGUGGUCGGAUGUGAUACAGUUCCAUCCAUUGGAGGGAACCAUGACUGUCAAGUGUUCUGUGACUCUGGAAUGCAUCUAGUUGAGAUGAUCAAGGUUGCUAAUGAUGCCUAUAAAGUGCAGGUUGCUGCAGAUGUUCACCUUGCUGCUGGUUAUCCAAUUACUGAUCUUGAAAGAUUUAUAUAUUCUGCAACUCCAGUCAUUGGUCAUGUACCUUGCAUGAGAAGCUGCAAUUGUUCAUGGGACCAAGUAGGUAGUAACUCAGUUUGUCAGAAUGACGUCUCUAAUAUUUCCCUAAGGAGCAUAUGGGAAUGGUACGAAGAGCCAGGGUGCUAUGGGUUGGAAGUAAGAGCUCUUAGUGAUCUCAGCUCUAAAACAUCAUACAGCAACAGUUCAGAGUUCUUUGCAUACUUUGUACCUUAUCUAUCUGCAAUUCAGUUGUUUGGGUCGUCUAGGAAGGAUAUAAAUAACAGUUUUGGUGUACAAGGGGGAGGAUUUUUGAAAGCAUCAAGUACUUCAAGGUCCUUGAGCUCUCAUCCUGUAGAUGCAAAGUUGCAUAAACCGUUUGAGGAAAAUUUGUCAGAAUCAUCUUUCUUUGUAGAAGAUCAUGGAGAACUCAUGUUUGAGUACUUUGAAACAGACCAGCCAUCUUUUCGACCUCCAUUAUUUGAAAAGAUCAAGGAGCUUGUUAGUGGUGCAAAUGUUUCUGACCACCAAAUUCUUGGGGACCCUGAAAAGCUGCAAAAUUUGAAAUUGGGUGAUCUUCAUCCAGCUUCCUGGUUCUGUGUUGCCUGGUAUCCUGUUUACCGUGUACCCCGUGGGAACUUCCGUGCAGCAUUUUUGACCUACCAUUCACUGGGCAAAUUGGUUUCACAAAAAUGCUCCCCAGAUAUGACUGGUGGGCAUGCCCGCAUAGUUUCACCAGUUGUUGGUCUCCAGAGUUACAACGACAAGGGAGAGCAUUGGUUUGAGCUGAUGUGCCCAGAUUUGAAGCAAUCGGCAAGUCGUGCUGAAGUUGUGAAAGAGAGGCUGAGGACACUAAAGAUGGGUGCACUAGCCAUGGCAAGAGCUGUAAUCCCGAAAGGAGCUGGGGAGUCUGUGAACCACCAUCCAGAUUAUGAGUUCUUCCUGUCUCGGCGGCUAUGCUCUGAAGAAAUCAAACAGCGAUAGCUUCCUGCUGACUGUAGUGCAACAAAGGGAAAAGAAAAAGAAAAAAAAAACAGUAGUGCUUGAUAGGACAUUCCACUAACCAGAGGCCGGCUAUAGUUCAUCCUAGAGAAGAGGAGAGGAGAGGAGAGCGUGGGUGUGAUACGACCCAUUAUACAGACAGACAGGUAGACUGUAAUCACCUAACCUGAUACCGAUGCAAACUGAGUUGAGUUUUAGACUUGUACUGGUGUAAUGAUGCAGGUGUUUUUGUACAGACAAAAGUUUGGUACCGCAGUUGGCAGUAACGUUUGUGUACAA